AUACGGUACAGCUUCUAACUUGUUUCACAUCSAUUCGAAUACACAAAAGAAAUUCACGACAAUCAUUAAAACGAACAAAUCUCGCUAGCUAAUCUAGAGUUACAGAAGAUAAAAAACGAUGAUUGGAGUUCCGUACAAGAUGGUCUGCUUCGUUGAAAUGUUUAUUGUCCUUUCUGCAUUCUGCUUCAACACUGGAUUGUCGUGGGAUAUGAAAAGGGCACGCAGCAGUGCUGCGGGGGCUGAUCGCGGUAUGGAGAGUUACAGACGCAAUCUUUCCUACAAGAAAGUAGAAGCUUUUCGAUGCGACGAAGACAACCAAGAAAUAAGUACCGCUAUCUACAACACAACAGAAGCACCAGAAGACGAAGACAAAAGUCUCCUCGACGCGGCGGCAAAUCUACUAGAUGAGACUCUGUUUUCUUCAAAAAAAAACUCCACAGAACCAGAACCACUCAAGACCCUCGGAGAAGUGGGCUACCCCAUUCGGAUUUGCUUCCGAGCCACGUCGAAAGCAGAAUCCAACGACGUGCACCUCCUCAAGGUCGACGACUUCACGUUUCUCAAGUACCGCACCCGCGGGGAUGUAUCAGCCGCCGGACCGAACCGCCAGAUUCCGAAGAUCAUCCGUCAGCGGGCGGUAGAUCAUGGGAUUCCCUUGUCCAGCCACUUGACAGAGGUGAUUUGCAACCCCGGAAGCGAUGUCUGCGCCGUGGAAACUACCUUAACUGGAUAUUUUUUUCUCACCGCGGGGACCAUUUACGGGAGAGGUACCGUCCUGAUGCAGCGUGGAAAAGACGAAUCGAGCGAACAGGACGACCCCCUGGGAACGCGUUCUCGUUCGCUCCAACACAUCGAUACCUUUGAAGACGUGUCUAUUGAACUCGACUUCAUCGGAAACAAUGGCCGCGGCAAAAUGCCACCAAAAUUUCGAAACACGAUCAUUCUCAUGGUGAUUAUUGUUAUCGUCUUCUUCCUUGCCUGCUACACAACGAUCUUCUGCGGUGGUCUCUACUGCUGCUGUAUUGACUUUUUCGCUGCGAAGAAAGAAAGUUACGAAGAGGAGUACAUUACUUAUCUCGACGAUUACGAAGACAUCGAAAAAGGAGUCCCCAGCCAAAUCGAAAUYGAAAUUGAGCACUGGAUGGGAAUGAAGACGGAAUCGGAAUUCGGAGCCGACAGAACAGAAAGUAUUCACAGUGAUGAGAUAUCCACAGACGACGAUUAUUUUUCAGAGACCGAAUCCCUAGAGGACAACAAUUACUGGGACGUUAUCAUCGCUGCAGAGGAAGAAAAAUAUAAAUCGAUGRCUGCGCGCGAACCAGAGAUCGACUACGACCAGGAAUACUGGAACGAAGUCGGAGACGAAUACGAGCAAGAAGACGACUUUGAAGACCUAUACGAACGUCAAGAUGGACACUAUGAUAUAAAUAAGGACGAUGAACAAGGCGAACACCAAGAUGGACACCAAGACGGACACCAAGACGAACACCAGGGUGAUAAACAGGGCGAACACGACGACGAAUACCAAGACGGACAUCACCAAUACCAACAACGUGAACAUAUAAGCUACUUCGGGGACAGCGACGAUGACAAUUGGAACAGUGGGGAUGAUCAGGAUGAGGAUCGCUCUGUCAUUAUUAUUGAGACAAAGGAACCCAGAGUGGAUCCAAAAGCCAAAAAGAUUUCUUCCUCCAAGAAGAAAUCGAAAAAGAAAUCAAAAUCAUCGACGUCCUUAAAAUCCACAAAAUCCGACGAUUGCGACUCCAAGGAUAGUGGUCUGUCGGCUGACGAUACCGACGUCCCCAAACCAAAAAGCAAGUCGUCGUCCUCUAAGAAAAAGUCAAAGUCGAAAUCGAAAUCAUCCAAAACAAAACCAUCGUUGGGCUCAAAAAAUUCAAGCAUGAUUACAAUAGAUAUAAAUGUGGAUGAAAAAUCUUUCAAGAAGAAAGCAGAAUCAAAGCCAUCCUCAAAAUCAAAAUCUUCUGCCACCAAGAAGAAAUCGAAAAAAAGCAAAUAGAUCACACAGGGUGGGGCAAGGGAAAUGCGUGAUAGAAAUGUGUUAAAACACUGUAUAAUAUUCAUUAAUCAUAUUUAGAAAUAAAAUUCAGAUACCGUA